CCCACUCAGCCGUGGCUGGCCGCCGGGCGAAAAUCAGAGCCUCCCGCGCCCCAUCACCCACCAUGGAAACCCUCCAAGAAAAAGUGGCCCCGUAUGCGUUUGCCUGAGGAUUCCGCACAAAAGAGGUGCCCAAAAUGAAGACCCUAAUGCGCCAUGGUCUGGCAGUGUGUUUAGCGCUCACCACCAUGUGCACCAGCUUGUUGCUCGUGUACAGCAGUCUCGGCGGCCAGAAGGAGCGGCCCCAGCAGCAGCCCCAGCAGCAGCAGCAGCAGCAGCAGCAGCAGCAGCGGACAGCGGCAACAGGCAGCGCUCAGCCGUCGGCAGAGAGCAGCCCCCCGUCGCGCCCCGGGGCCCCCGCGGGACCGCGGCCGCUGGAUGGAUACCUUGGCGUGGCGGACCACAAGCCUCUGAAGAUGCACUGCAGGGACUGUGCCCUGGUGACCAGCUCCGGGCAUCUCCUGCGCAGCCGGCGAGGCCCCCAGAUUGACCAGACGGAGUGCGUCAUCCGCAUGAAUGACGCCCCUACGCGGGGCUAUGGGCGCGACGUGGGCAAUCGCACCAGCCUGAGGGUCAUCGCACAUUCCAGCAUCCAGAGGAUCCUCCGCAACCGCCACGACCUGCUCAACGUGAGCCAGGGCACCGUGUUCAUCUUCUGGGGCCCCAGCAGCUAUAUGCGGCGUGACGGCAAGGGCCGGGUGUACAACAACCUGCAGCUCCUGAGCCAGGUGCUGCCUCGGCUGAAGGCCUUCAUGAUCACACGCCGCAAGAUGCUGCAGUUUGAUGAGCUUUUCAAGCAGGAGACUGGCAAAGACAGGAAGAUCUCCAACACUUGGCUCAGCACUGGCUGGUUCACAAUGACGAUUGCACUGGAGCUGUGUGACAGGAUCAAUGUUUAUGGCAUGGUGCCCCCAGACUUCUGCAGGGAUCCCAAUCAUCCUUCGGUACCUUAUCAUUAUUAUGAACCUUUUGGACCAGAUGAAUGUACAAUGUACCUCUCCCAUGAGCGAGGACGGAAGGGUAGUCACCACCGCUUUAUCACAGAGAAACGAGUCUUUAAGAACUGGGCACGGACAUUCAAUAUUCACUUUUUUCAACCAGACUGGAAACCAGAACCACUUGCUGUAAGUCAUCCUGAGAAUAAACCUGUACUCUGAGGAACGAGCAUGCCAGACCAAAUCAGACAACGAGCUGCUAAACUCCCUGGGCCAUCAGACACAAAAGAGGAACAGAACCUGUAGCAGGAAAUAGCCUCACUCCUCAAGAAGUACUAUGUACAGAUGCCCAUAAGACAUAACUACAAAGCAGUGCAGUUAGUUGGCUGAUAGGGAGAAUUCUAGAAUUAACGUAUCUUAAUGAAUGUUGUCUCAUUCAAAAGGGGUUAUCUUCGGAAUUGAGUACUCAUUUCAGCGAUGCUGCUGUGACUAAAAACAUUUUGGAUCUCUUUAAGUGUUGCCUUCGGAAGAGAAACAUGAGCAACUCAACAAUAUUAGUUGUAUAUUCCUUUAUAGAAAUACCAUGUCAAAAGACACUUUUCUAUCAAGUCGUAUCCUAACCUGACCUAUAACCUUUGUCACCUGUUGAACUCUGUGUGUGUGGUUUGUAAAACGCAGCCUGAAAGUGUGGACAUUGUUUCUAAAGAGCACAUCUCCACCGACUUUCAUAAAGCAAAUGCCCGGUAUUUAUUUAUUGACAGUUUUGUAGUGUACUCUAGGCCAGUAUUUUUAUAGAUUAUUAUGUGGUAAUUUAUCUUUAUAUUUAUUUAGGUAAUUUAUUCCAACUCCUGGAUCCCAAAUGAUGGUCAGAAAAGGCCUAGCAUUGGGUUGAUGAGUUACUGUGUCCACCAUGCUCAUUGGUAGCAUGCAGUUGGUAUUUAGCUUGAAAAUGUUGUCUUGCAUUUUUUAAACCCUUAGGCUUCAAGAAAAGCUGUGACAUUUUCCAAGGUGCAGAAAUGCUCCAAAUGACAAAACUGAAAACCAAAAACUGUGUCAUUAACACAAAAAGAUACUAACAAGAGAAACUUAAAGAUAGUUUUCUUUAGUAAUAAUUUAUGUAGGUCAUUUCACUUAAGCCCUAGUUUCCUAUUCCACAGAAUGAUGUGAACUUCUCGUUGAACCCUUUGAGGACUUUGCACUUGGAAUGAUGGGGCUCCUACAGUAGUAGCAGGAGCCUUUUUUAGGGGGCCUUUUAUAUUCCCCUACAACCUAACUUUCUUUUGUGGUUAAAACAUAGUUUCUCCUUGGUCCUCAUUAGCUAAAAUCUACUCCCUGCUUUUCUGGAGCUUUUUGCACCAAAA